AUGGCGGCUCUGCUGAUGCGUAGGCUCGCCGGGACCUACCGCGGCCGCGCGCCGCUGGCCGCCGCCGCCGCCGUUGGCGGGGCCGCGCUCUUCUACGCCUCGUCGAACCCCACCGUCGCGCACAUGGAGGAGAAGGGGGAAGAUGCCGCUGCCAAAGUUGCCCUUAACCCUGAGCAAUGGUUAGAAUUCAAGCUCCAGGAGAAGGCAACAGUUAGUCAUGAUUCAGAGCUAUUCAGAUUUUCGUUUGACCCAUCUACUAAGCUGGGCCUGGAUGUUGCCUCAUGUCUUGUAACAAGGGCCCCCAUAGGUCAGGAAGUGGAGGGAAAAAGAAAAUACGUCAUUCGCCCGUACACACCUAUCUCUGACCCAGAUUCUAAAGGAUAUUUCGACCUAUUAAUCAAGGUUUAUCCCGAAGGGAAAAUGUCUCAGCAUUUUGCUAAUUUGAAGCCAGGAGAUGUUCUCGAAGUCAAAGGGCCCAUUGAAAAGCUCAGAUAUAGCCCAAAUAUGAAAAGACAAAUUGGCAUGGUUGCUGGUGGUACUGGCAUAACGCCAAUGCUGCAAGUUGUUAGGGCCAUCCUGAAAAACCCUGAUGACAACACUCAGGUUUCCUUGAUCUACGCCAAUGUGUCACCAGAUGAUAUCUUGCUGAAAAAGGAGUUAGAUAGACUUGCCAGCAGCUAUCCUAAUUUCAAGGUGUUUUAUACAGUCGAUAAACCAUCAAGUGACUGGAGGGGUGGUGUUGGCUACAUAUCAAAGGACAUGGUUUUGAAAGGUUUGCCAGGCCCAGGGGAGGAUUCUCUUAUUCUUGUUUGUGGUCCUCCUGGAAUGAUGAAUCACAUAUCUGGAAAUAAGGCAAAGGAUUAUUCACAGGGCGAGGUCACUGGCCUUCUCAAGGAUUUAGGAUACACGGCAGAUAUGGUAUACAAAUUUUGA